UUUUUCUCGCUCGCCGUUCAACACCAGUCGAUUGUUGAAUGUAACUGAAGAAAUUCAAACAGGAGAUGGUGAAGAAGAGUUCAGAAUUGUUAGCACUAAUCAGCUUUUUGCAGAUAAUGUCGCUGGCUACAGCGGGAUUAUUCGAGAACUUAUGUGUGCAUCCUUUCCAAUUUGGAACUGGAAAGCAAAAGGGCUUGAACUGUACAGUGAAAUAUAAGAAAUUUACCACAAAAAAGAACCACGCUCGUGAAUUGUGUGAUACUCUGUCUCCUUUCGACGUUUUGGAUUACAAAAACGGUUUUCCCACUGUGUGCACCUACGUAAAAUCUCUCAAGUGCGACGACCAUGAGCUGCCUAUUGAUGACCUAUGCAUCACAGUAAUGGUCCAAAGCAGCUAUUCUGAGAAUGCCUGUGGGGAAGACUAUCAACUUCACACAAUUCAAAGUCGCUUGGAGCACAAAUGGAUUACCGUCUUGAUGCAGCCGAAAUACUUCGACUUAUGGAUUGGUAAUGAGGCACACGAGAUGCAAUUCAAGAAACCAAUCUUGCCCAAAAGGCUUCGGAAAACGAACAAGAAAAAAUUGAAAAUCAAGCUGAGAGUAGACACCGGAACAAUGGAAUUUAUUCCCAGAGGUACAACGCUCUAUGCAAAGAUUUCAGAAGUGCUAUUCCAUGUUUGCGCAAGAAAAGCAGAAGUGUUUGAGCAUAAAAUAGAAGAAGACCACGAGCUGGUCGAAAAAAUAGGGAUUCCCACAGGCUUCGCAAAUGAUUCUACAGAGCGAGCUCGCCCAUUUUUUCAUAUGCCUAUCAUGGUGCCCGUAAGAGGCACAAAAAUGGAUGCCAGUGUUCAAGAACUUCAGAAAGCCUGUGAAGUACUUCCAAAUGGUUACGUCGCUUCUCUCAGAGAUUUUCGUGAUCCUGGCGAAUUUGCUGCACUUCGAGCAGAGUUUCCCUCAGGACUCUACAGAACUACUAUUGCCUUUCUUCCAAACGCGUCAUAUGCGAAAAAGCCUACAUGCAAAGGAAACAAAAGAUUCAAGGGAAUGAGAAUAAAAUAUAUGUACUAUGGUCCGGAUAACUCAUCGCAAACUCCACAUGAACACUGGAAAGACAAGUAUCCCUCAUGGAAGUGUGCUGAUCUGCCAAGGACUACGGUUGCGAUGGAAACUCAUUAUAUGGACAUACCAGCAAUGGCGCGCCGUAAUUUGAUAUGCUCGUACGGUACACCUCCCAAUCUUCCGCCUGUCAAGCUCGAAGAACAGUGCAACAAAUUAGCUCAUUGGGAUUCAGACAAGGGAAGUUGCGUUUGUAAUGAUCCUAGUGCUGAUGGAAGAUUGAAAUAUCCAGAAAAGUUCAAAGACUACCCAGAGGGAGCGGUCUGUUUUGAUUGUGAAAACGCAGUCAUAACUAGAUCGAUUGUCUUUAUUCUCGACGGUAGUGGUACAGUUACACCAGAAGGAUGGAGACGACAGAAGGAAUUCAUGAUGAAAGUGAUCAAAUAUAUAAAAAAUGUUAGAGUUGGAUUGGUAGUGAUUAGUGCUCGUUCCUAUCCAGAAAUACUGAUAGAUCACUUCGAAAACGUCAAAUUUAGGUUCGAAAAUUUUCUCAUGACCAGGGAAUACCCUUGGACGUGGACUGCAAUUGGCCCCGCGCUGUACGAAGCACGCUGGAUGUUGUCGAAGGAAACUACCACUCAAAAAAUUAUCGUUAUGAUCUCUGACGGUGAUGAAGACCAGUGUAAGAGUCGUCCUCCUAUUUGUGGUGAUGAAGAACAUCGGCGAAUUAGAUUACAUCCUCAAAGGCAGGAAGCAGAUUUAGUUUGGGCAGCAGGCAUAAAAUUGAUCUAUAUUGUAUGCACAGAUAGAUAUAAGACCGAUCGUGAUUUUGCGUCGAGAGUGGCUCAUAUAGCUCGAGGAAUUGAAAAUGCAAUACCUGUUGAACACUAUACGAAAUUGGACAAAUCUAUCUUCGACAAUGUCUUGGAAGAGAUUUGCAAGGAGGCGAUGGCAGGUCUCUGAAGUAUACUAAGGACAAUCUAUCAUUAGCGUUUACACAGA